CCCGCGGCCCCGGCAGGCCCUGUCCCAAGAUGGCGGCGCAGGCUGACGGGCCGGGGGAGGUGGGCGCUGCCCGCGGGGCGGGAAUAAAGGGCGGCGGGCGGAGCCGCGGCGCUCUGGGGAAGCGAGGGGCCGGCGGCGGCGAGAGGAAGAGGAAGAGGAAGGCGCAGGGCGCAGCUGAAGCGGCCGGGGAUCCUGCGGAUGGCGCUGGGCGGCAGCGCUGCCGACCCGCUGCUGCCGGCCGAGGGCGGCGGGGGGCGUCCGGCGCCCUUCCUGCUGCGGGCCCUGCGCAUCGCCGUCGUGGUCUGCCUCUACUGGUUCAUCUCCAUCACCAUGGUCUUCCUCAACAAGUACCUGCUGGACAGCCCCUCGCUGCGCCUUGACGCCCCGCUCUUCGUCACCUUCUUUCAGUGUGCCCUCACGGCCGCCCUCUGCCUGGGCCUCAGCCUGGGGGCAGCCUGCGGGCCCCUUGGCUGCCCUGGCCUGCCCACCCUCCACCUUGACCCCAAGGUGUCCCGCAGCGUCCUGCCCCUCUCCGCCGUCUUCAUCGGCAUGAUCACCUCCAACAACCUCUGCCUCAAGUAUGUUGGUGUGGCGUUCUACAACGUGGGGCGCUCGCUCACCACCGUCUUCAAUGUGCUGUUCUCCUACCUGCUCCUCAAGCAGACCACCUCGCUCUAUGCCCUGCUGGCCUGCAGCAUCAUUAUAGGUGGCUUCUGGCUGGGUGUUGACCAGGAAGGAGCAGAGGGCACUCUGUCAUGGGCUGGUAUAUUCUUUGGGAUCUUAGCAAGCCUGUGUGUCUCACUCAAUGCCAUCUACACCAAGAAGGUGCUGCCUGUGGUGGAUGGUAGCAUCUGGCACCUGACCUUCUACAACAACGUGAAUGCUUGUGUCCUGUUCCUCCCCCUCAUGAUGCUGCUGGGCGAGUUCCAUACCCUCUACCGCUUUGACAAGCUGGGCAGCCCCAGCUUUUGGGGCAUGAUGACCCUUGGUGGAGUGUUUGGCUUUGCCAUUGGGUAUGUGACCGGACUUCAGAUUAAGUUCACUAGCCCACUCACCCACAAUGUCUCUGGGACAGCCAAGGCCUGUGCACAAACAGUGCUGGCUGUUGUCUAUUUUGAGGAGACAAAGAGCUUCCUGUGGUGGAUGAGUAACUUGAUGGUUCUGGGAGGCUCCUUUGCCUAUACGUGGGUGAAAGGGCUGGAGAUGAGGAAGGCACAAGAGGAACCUACUCUCAGAAGCAGUGAAAAAAAUGAGACUGGUGUGUAGGCAGCUCCAGCCUCACAUUUGUUUCUUUGUGUCUGUGGAGCUAACCUUCAAUGUGAAAGGAGCCAGGAGCACAAAAAAAGUUGACCUGCAAAGUGUAUGAGGAGCUGUGUCAGGAACCAGAGCCAAAGGCCUGUCUGGUUUGUGUUUUAUCCACUGGAUUGGACCCUGUCUGAGUCGGGAAAGCGUGUGUUGAAUAGACUGAUAAAUUACCAUGAUCUCUUUUUAAAGUGGAUGUUUCUGACCUAAUCUGGACAAUUUGCUUCUCUGGAGGUUGGAGAUACAGUGGAGCAAGAACAGGAUGAGAGCUGUGUAUAUUUGGUGAUACAGAAUGACAGCAAACUGAAUUAACAUAGUCUGAAAUGAUGAUAAAAAUCAUGAACCUUCAUGUAAGGAAGAAGCAAGUAGCCAUACUGUUGAGAAUAGUCUCCAGUAAAGUGUCCCCCUCUAGUAGAAUUGGCAAUAGUAAUUCUAUUACUCACUUUAAAGCAAGUGACUGGAAGCUUCUGCCCUUCUAGUUCAGUACAAUUUUAAGCAGAAGCAGUGCCUCUAAAUCUCAUGUCUGAAGAGCCAGCAUCUCUUCCUGUUGAGGUGUCUCGUGUCUAUGUUUCUGUCCAUCUGGUUUGUUAGUUUAAGGAACUAUCCAAGAGGCAUGGACAAAACUUCUCAUUCCCUCUGUACUUUUUCUGUGAGAGAGAGCAUGCUGUCUUAAAUAGCGUGCCUUUGUUAAAGAGGAGCAAGACCUCUGCCUCUUUCAGGCUCAGAAGGGCAGGGAAAAGUUUCUGAAGCACUUGCUUCUAGCGUGCCUUUGUUAAAGAGGAGCAAGACCUCUGCCUCUUUCAGGCUCAGAAGGGCAGGGAAAAGUUUCUGAAGCACUUGCUUCAGUAGGGUGGAGAUCCCAGGGCAAAAUUCACUUUGUCCUCUUUCUCCCCGUGUGUAGGGGAGAGGUUGGGUCUGACAACUGUGUUGUUACUGAUUAGGCCAGUUUCGGGGGACUUGUGCCAUGCCUUCUGUUGAUCCCUUCGGUGUUUGUGGUUUGUCUUUUUGCUUGUUCCUUGUAACAUUCUCCCUCUUCCCCCCCCCCCCCAAAUGUCCAGUUCAGUCAAUCCUUUGCCAAAAAAAAUUCCAGUUCUGCCCAGCUGUGUCAAGCCCUUUAACUGGAACUUGCGUUUAGGCUUCUUCUAAAUAGUUACAGUCCUGCAGAACUCUUUGCACGCCCUCUGGUGUCGUGCCAAUGCUAUCUGAGGCUAUUCUAAAGCCAUGAUUUCUGAUCCUUGUAAGCAAUGACAUCCUGUAAUAAGUUGUCAUGCUGUACUGUAUACUGUAUCAGCUUUCCAAACUCUAGACCCCUCUAAUUCCAAGGGUUAUUUGAGUAGGGAUUUGGGGCAGUUGGUGCAUGCCCUGGUUGACCCUACACAGUGACGUUUGACCACUACUACAGAAACACUGCAACUCUUGUUUCUGUCCUGAGCAUGUUUCUUUCUGGUUUCUUGACCAUGUUUACCACCAUGGUGGGUGCUGCCUCUCAUUCUUUUUUUGGUGGAGGGUGGACUUUUUGGUCCUCAAAUUUUCUAUCAGAACAGACUUUUUUAAUGAUGCGAAUACUGACUUGUAAUUGUCAAAUCCAUUGAAUAAAAAUGGGGAUUGGUA